AUGAAUGACACACCCACUACCACAAUCACAACGACUAUCAAUUACACACCAACCACUACAAACAUUCCAGUUAUCAAUGACACACCCACUACCACAGACACUUCAGUUAUCAAUGACACACCAACUACCACAAGCACUCCAGUUAUCAAUGACACACCAACUACCACAAUCACUCCAGUUAUCAAUCACACACCAACUACCACAGACACUCCAGCUAUAAACGAAACACCCACUACCACAGACACUCUAGUUAUCAAUGAUACACCCACUACCAUAAGCACUCAAGCUAUCAAUGACACACCAACUACCACAGACACUCCAGUUAUCAAUGACACGCCCACUACCACAGAAACUUCAGUUAUCAAUGACACACCAACUACCACAAACACUCCAACAAUCAAUGACACACCAACUACCACAAACACUCCAACAAUCAAUGACACACCAACUACCACAGACACUCCAGUUAUCAAUGACACACCCACAACCACAAACACUCCCACAAUAAAUGACAAGCCCACUACCACAAACACUUCCACUAUUAAUGACACAAACACAACCAAAAACAUUCCAGAAAUUAAUGAUGCACCUACUACCACAAACACUCAAGCUAGCAAUGACACACCCAGUACCACAGACACUACCAUUAUGAAUGACACACCCACUACCACAGACACUCCGGCUAUCAAUGACACACCCACAAUUACAAACACUUCAGGUAUCAAUGACAAACCGACUUCCAAAAACACUGCAGAUAUCAAUGAUACACUCACUUCCACAAACACUACCUCUAUUAAUGACACACCUACAACAACAAACAUUCCAGCAAUCAGAGACAAUCUCACUAUUACAAACACUCCUGUUAUCCAUGAUAUACCAAUUGCCACAAACACAACCACUAACAAAACAUCUCCAAUUUUCAAUGACAAACCUAUUACUAUGAAUGAAACACCCACUACCACAAACACUCCCAUUAUCAAUUACAAACCAACUAGCUCAAACACUCCAACAAUCAAUGACACAUCCACUAUCAAAAGCGAUCCAUUUAUCAGUGACAUGCCUACUUCCACAAACACUCCAGCAAUUAGUGACACACCCACUACCACAAACACUCCCACUAUUAAUGACACACCCACUAUUACAAACAAAACAACAGACAAACUCAAAAACAAUUAA